AUGGAGAUCCGCGAAUUCGAUCUCCUUCCCCACAAAGAUUGGGAGGUCGACCUCGACGGUGUCGAAGCUGUGGCCGAUGAUGAGACUAUUGCUAUGGUGGUCAUCAACCCUGGAUACCCUACUGGAAAUCUUUUCACUUUGGACCAUAUGCAAAAGGUACGAAACGCGAUACAGGGACACAUUGUUUUUGGAAGUCAAGAAUUCAUACCAAUGGGGAUUUUUGGAUCUCUAACUCCUGUCCUUACCGUUGGAUCACUCUCCAAGAGAUGGCUCAUUCCCGGUUGGCGUCUCGGCUGGAUCGCGGUUUCCGAUCCCAACCGGCUCCUUAAUAAAUCGGGGAUCAUUGAGUCCAUUCAGAAAUAUCUCUGUAUGACAUCUAGUCCCGCAACCCUAAUCCAGGGAGCGGUGGCGGAGAUUCUUGAGCGCACCCCAACCGAUUUCUUUGAGAAGACUGUUAAAACGAUUAGAGAAUCUGCAGAGAAAUGCUACAAACUUAUCAAUGAGAUCCCAUGCAUUUCUUGCCCUACCAAACCUCAAGGAUGCAUGUUUCUCAUGGUAAUUAUCAAUAUA